CUUUGUUUAGUACCUUUUUUGAGGUGUUUUAGUGGUAGUGAAAAUGCCGAGCGCUUCUUUUACGGCCUCCAGGUCGUAUGUGAGAAGAUCGAGAAGAAAAGGAGCAAACAGAAUCCCCACACCUUCUAGAACCACUUCUGAACCAUGUGAGCCCGUCUGCCACCUUAUGCAAAACAUUCCAGCCCCCACAGCCGCAGCGCCCGCUGGGGGCUCUUCGGGUGGACCAUCUUCCUCCUCGUCUUCAAUAAACGCCGGCCCGAGCGGCGGAGUGGGCGCCAUAGCCGCCACACACCAUUCCCCGUACGACUUACGUCGCAAAUCGCCCUCUCACCAUGACGCCCUGCCGGGCGUCUCCGGUCCCAGCACUAGCGCCGCCACCGCUGGCUCGCCCACCUCUCCGGCCACGCCCACAGCGCCCGCCCAGGGCUACUCCUCGGUGAUGCUGCCCGCCAGAAAGCGCCCAAGAAGAACAUGUUCGACAUCGUGCGAGGUUUUUACGAAUUCAGCUGCUCACUACCUACAGUACGAACUUCCUGAUGAAGUCUUGCUAACCAUCUUCAACUAUCUACUUGAACAGGAUUUGUGUAGGGUCAGCCAGGUCUGCAAGCGUUUUCAGGCCAUCGCAAACGAUACAGAAAUAUGGAAACGGCUAUAUCAGAGCGUUUACGAGUACGAUCUUCCUCUGUUCAAUCCUGCGCCUUGCCGUUUCGAGUUUGUCAGCCCCGAGGAAUCGGAACUGGCAAAUCCUUGGAAGGAAUCCUUCAGGCAGUUAUAUCGAGGCAUACAUGUCCGACCUGGAUAUCAUGAAAUGACCUUCAAAGGGAGGAAUAUCGUUUAUUUCAAUACAGUCCAGGGCGCUCUGGAAUACGCCGACGAGAGAAGCGGCAGCAGCAGUUCGUCUGGGUCCGUUUCCGGUUCGAGCAACAACUCCGAGACGAACAAUCAGGGAGCCCUGAUAUUCCUACACACGGGAACCUACAACGGGGAGUUCCUCGUCAUCGAUUCCGACAUCGCCCUGAUAGGAGCGGCACCUGGCAACGUUGCCGAAUCGGUGAUAUUGGAGAGGGAAUCCGAGUCGACGGUGAUGUUCGUCGAAGGGGCUAAGAACGCGUACGCGGGCCACUUAACCCUCAAAUUUUCGCCGGACGUCACGUCCACCAUACCCCAUCACAAGCAUUACUGUCUGGAGGUCGGCGAAAAUUGCAGUCCCACCAUUGAUCAUUGUAUCAUCAGGAGUACGUCUGUGGUUGGAGCUGCCGUUUGUGUCAGUGGCGCCGGCGCGAACCCAACGAUAAGACAUUGUGAUAUAAGUGACUGUGAAAACGUCGGCCUAUACGUGACGGACUAUGCUCAAGGGACGUACGAGGAUAACGAGAUCAGUCGGAACGCCCUGGCCGGGAUAUGGGUGAAGAAUUUCGCCAAUCCCAUAAUGCGCAGGAACCACAUACACCACGGCAGGGACGUUGGGAUAUUCACGUUCGAUAACGGACUGGGUUACUUCGAAGGCAACGACAUCCACAACAACAGGAUCGCCGGUUUCGAGGUGAAGGCGGGCGCCAACCCGACCGUCGUGCACUGCGAGAUCCACCACGGACAGACGGGCGGCAUAUACGUGCACGAGAACGGCCUCGGCCAGUUCAUCGACAACAAGAUCCACUCGAACAACUUCGCCGGCGUGUGGAUAACCUCGAACAGCAACCCGACGAUCAGACGUAACGAGAUAUACAACGGUCACCAGGGGGGCGUGUACAUAUUCGGCGAGGGGCGCGGCCUGAUCGAGCACAACAACAUCUACGGCAACGCGCUCGCCGGCAUCCAGAUCAGGACUAACAGUGAUCCGAUCGUGCGUCACAACAAGAUCCAUCACGGACAACACGGCGGCAUCUACGUCCACGAGAAGGGACAGGGUCUGAUCGAGGAGAACGAGGUGUACGCGAACACGCUGGCCGGCGUGUGGAUAACCACGGGCAGCACGCCGGUCCUGCGUCGCAACCGCAUACACUCCGGCAAGCAGGUGGGCGUGUACUUUUACGACAACGGACACGGCAAACUCGAGGACAACGACAUAUUCAACCAUCUGUACUCGGGCGUGCAGAUACGCACCGGUAGUAACCCGGUGAUACGCGGCAACAAGAUCUGGGGCGGUCAGAACGGUGGCGUGUUGGUCUACAACGGCGGGCUGGGCCUGUUGGAACAGAACGAGAUAUUCGACAACGCGAUGGCGGGCGUGUGGAUCAAGACCGACUCGAAUCCGACGCUGAAACGCAACAAGAUAUUCGACGGCAGGGACGGCGGUAUAUGCAUCUUCAACGGCGGCAAGGGCAUACUCGAGGAGAACGACAUAUUUCGCAACGCCCAGGCGGGCGUGCUGAUAUCGACGCAGAGCCAUCCGAUACUGCGUCGCAACCGCAUAUUCGACGGUCUGGCCGCCGGCGUCGAGAUAACGAACAACGCCACCGCCACGCUGGAGUUCAACCAGAUAUUCAACAAUCGCUUCGGCGGUCUGUGUCUGGCGAGCGGCGUGCAGCCGAUCGUGCGCGGCAACAAGAUAUUCAACAAUCAGGACGCGGUGGAGAAGGCGGUGGCGAACGGCCAGUGCCUGUACAAGAUAUCCAGUUAUACGUCGUUUCCGAUGCACGAUUUCUACAGGUGUCAGACGUGCAACACGACCGAUCGUAACGCCAUCUGCGUCAACUGCAUCAAGACCUGUCACGCCGGUCACGACGUCGAGUUUAUAAGACACGAUAGGUUCUUCUGCGACUGUGGAGCCGGCACGUUGACCAAUCAAUGUCAACUGCAAGGGGAGCCAACCCAAGACACGGACACAUUAUACGAUUCCGCGGCGCCCAUGGAGUCCCACACGCUUAUGGUGAACUAAUGUGAUAUAUGCCCCUAAUCUACUAAAAUUUCGGCCCGAAUCCACUUAGAGUUAAAUAGUGUUUGAAGGUGAAACUUGAAGAAAAAAAAACAAAGACUGUUUAUUGUUUGGCGCACCGAUCAGAGAGUGAUAUAUUAUAGGGAUUUAGGAAAGUCUGAGAAGACCCCGGUCGAUACGGAGUUGGUAUUUGUCGCGGUUUCUGUAGUCCUAGUGUCGUAUAUCGGGAAAUUCGCUAUUCAAGAUCGAGGAGGGAAAUUCUCGACAGUUGGAACUGGAUGGAAAAGUUGAAUAGGGAAUGUCCCUCUUAGUAAAUAAUUGUUUUGCGUGAUCUGGGACACCUGUGUGCAUGAUUUUUUUCACUUUAGUAUUAGACAAUCAUAAUCUGGCUUCCAUUUCUGUUUAAGUUCUUUCUGCAUGCGUAAGAGGUUAAUGAUGAAGCUCUCUGGGAGCUUUGAGGAAAAAAAAAAUGGUUGUUUUCAGUCUCUGGUUGUUGAUUACACCAAAGGGAAAUUUUGAACCGUACUGGAAAUUCACGAAGUAGUUCCUUAUUUUAUUAUGAUUUAUGACGAUGCAGCUCUGAUUGAUGAUAGUAAUUCAUAUGGACCUCCACUUUUUAUUUUGAAAAAAGCAGUUUUCGAAAUUGCUUAUUUUCGAACUGAAAAUACCAAGAAGUUGGAUGAAGAAACUUCGGUUUCUUAUUGAUUUUGGAUCUGAUUUAGUGGAUACGUUGAAUUUUUGGGUUAGAAUUAUAAAAAAAUCAAAAGGCAGGUUUGAAAGUUACCUUACAGCUUUCCACAAUUUUUCAACGAAAACUGAGAAACAAAUGCCUUGAAGGUGAUUUUUCCCAAUUUACUUCUUGAUAUUUUCGUUUUAAAGUGUGGACGCCAGUUGGAUUACGCCUAUAAAUUAUAUAUAUUUUAUAUACUAAAUUUCCUAAUUCAGAAACAUUCGCUUCAGUCGAAUUGACUAUUUUUAUUUAAAUCUGCGAAUAGGCCUUUUAUUUUCGAAACUGGAGGAUAUUUAUUCGAUAUUUGGUGGACAAAUCAAUCAUCCUUAUUACCAUUCUGUGUACAGUAACAAUGUUGUUAAUCAUUUCCAAUAUUUUCUGUUUAUGUUUAAGUUUAUUAAUUAUAGGGUAAUUAUUUGUUAUUAUAAAUGAUAUUUUAUUUAUUCAAUUGAUGCUUUAUGAUUGAUAAGGUGUUGAAGGCGGUUUUAGUUGAUAUUUUGUAAUUUUUUCAUUUAACUAUAAAUAUCUUAAAUUCCCAGUGAACUAACACGGAAGUUGAAAAAAUCUUGCCUAGUUUUGAAACUUACUUUAUUUAUUUUGUUAUUUUUUUAUUUUUGGUUUCACUUAUUAGAUUGAAGCUCUAUGGUUUUCAAAGUGCCUCAUAAUUUUUAAUUUUUGUAUGAACUUUUUUUUUUGAGUGCGUGAGUGAGUGCGUGUUACUGGCAUUGUUAAAUGAAAAAAUUAUACGAGAAUGUAAUAAUUUCAUUGUAUUAGAGAAUAUAGCUUUAAUGUAUAUACAAAGAUACAGCGUUGCGAUGUUUAAACUUGAGUGUAAUGUUUGGGAAAUUUCGACUACCGUGGUAUUUUGGAAGAACGGUGAAUGUAUAAAUUAUAUAUCAGUAUUUAUCAUCAACUAGAAUCAUGUAAGUUAUUGUGAGUGUAAUUGUAUAUAAAAAAAAUUACGUUAUCUGUUGCUUUAGAAGUAAUCUUGAUAUAACGAUUUCACUUCGUGGCAAUUUUCCGUAAUAUACUCAUAAUUCGAAAUAGGCUUCUCCGUUUUGGGAUGAUUCAAGUAUUUGCUAGAGAGAAAAAUAAAUUUUUUAUUUCUUUUAAUUUUGUCUUUCUUUAUUUUCAAGAAUUUUUUAUUACAUCUUUGAAAACAUUAGAUAGUUCUUGGAGAAAAGUUGGCGAAUUGAAGAUUAGAAAUUUUCCUAGAUGAGUGGGGUAAUGUAUAGCUGUUUUCAUCCCUUGAAGAAGAAAAAAUUCCUGUUAUCGAUGGAUGCCUUCAUUGUUUAAUAAAUAACAUAUUGUAUAGAGACACGAUGAUUCGAAGUGCAGUUUUGAAAUAGCCUGGUGCCAUAAUACAACAUAAUAUAUACCUACUACACUCUUUAUCGAAGCUAGCUAAAGUAACUUUAGUAUAUGAUAAGAUGUAGUAUAAUUCUUUUUAUACCGAUUUUCCUCUGUUGACUGAUGUAUAGUUGUUUUAGAGAACGAUUGGUUCAUCCAGUUUGUAAUUGAUGAUUUGAGGUUAUGUCCUACGCGUGCUAUGCCUAGAGCAGGCAUAGCCGAUUAUCGACCUGUGGGAAGUCCGAUGUUUUCAACUUUGAGUUUUGAAUCUCGGAAUUCCGGUGGGUUCUGAUCAGAGUGUAUUUCUUUGUUGGAUUAUAUCAGGUUGUCCCUUCAUGCAUUGUCCGUGAAGAAGCAUGUUGUGCAACACGAAAUUAUCAUAUUUCACUUUGUAAUAUUUAUUCUACUUGUAAAUAAAUGAUGUAAAAUUA